AUGCCUACCAUUUCCGUCGAACAGAGAGCGGCUAUUGCAAUUGGGGUUCCUUUAGUGGCAUUAUUACUGUAUCUGUGGUACAGGAGACGGCAGAAUUCCCAAUUUGGAGAGGAAGAUGAGGAUUUUAGCCACGUCGAAGAAAGCGAUGUUGUGGCAUCCGCUAACCAAAGAACUCUCGAGGUCAAAAUCCCUCGAGCCGUGGUCGGUGUUAUAAUAGGAAAAUCUGGAGCUAAUAUUAAAAAGAUAGAAAAAGACACUGGAGUUCGUAUGAAUUUGAUAGAUGAAGAUGAAGAAGGCCAAGGUAAAGAUAGAACAUUGCUUAUUCAAGGAGAACGUGAAAAGGUCAAAAGAGCAGAAAUUGUCGUAAAGAAAGUUAUUGCAGAGCAACCAGUGAUAAGAUCGGAAGAAGUUUUCGUGCCCCAGCAUGCUUGCGGAAGAAUUAUUGGUAAAGGAGGGCAGACAAUACGUCACAUGUCAUCUGUUUCAGGUAAAGUUACAUUUGUUUGUUUUCGGUAAAUGUACUCACUCUAGAGCAAAAUAAACUUCCUUAAGAGUUGAAGCUAAAUCUUACAGUAAGCAAACAUCAAUAUUCAACAAGGGAACCCAACGUGAUUUGCAAGGAAAGAAGAUCAAAUGAAAAGCAACGAUAAUUCGACUGUAGUUUUCUAGAAAACUAGCUAUAAUUUACUCUGAAAUUUAAGUUUCUGGAUUUCAUAACCCUUGUGGGACAACACUAUUUUUUGAAAAAAAAACUCAAAAAUUUUAUUGGGUAAGUUUUUUAUUCAUUUGGAGAAAGUGAAACGAACUUUAACCCCAGAUAUUGUGAAUACUAAUGUUCCACUCAACAUUUGUGAUCUAUCAUAAUUUUGUCAUUUCAAAAGUUUCUUAAUAUUCAUCAUGUUAAGAGAAACUGAACAUUUUUAACCCUUUAACUCCUCAAAGUGAUUAACAUGUAACUUCUUCCUAUAAUAUCCAUGCAUUAUCCAGCAAACAGCCAAUGAGAAUACUCCAGCUUAUCAAGUAGAAGUUUUUAACUUGAUCAAACACCAAAUUCUUGUAACUAUCCCAGAGGGAAUUGUGUAGCAGCCAGAGAAGAGAAUUAAGAAUCAGAUCCUGGGAGUUAAAGGGUUAAAAGCGAAUAUUUGUGAUGGCUUAUUUUACUUUAAGUUGGUGUUUUUUGUACAAUGCUAUCUUCUGUCAUUAAUUUUUGUUUUUAAUCACUUGGUAGGUGCUAAAAUAAGGAUUGAUCGUAAUGGUGAUGACAUUUCCAGCCCUAUACGGAAAUGCACAGUCACUGGGACUUCUGAUCAAAUAGCUAUUGCUAAGGGACUACUAAAUGAGAAGUUGGCUGAAGAUAAUGAAAUUCGUGCUCGCAGGGGAGAUGCUGGAGUGCUGAGAAAUAGACGUCCACCAAGGAAACUUGAAAGUGCAGUUGGUAUAUCACUUAUAUAUUUAUUGUUUCUUUUUUUUUGGUCUAGGUGAAUGAAUAGAAGACUUUUUGAAUAUAUUCUAAUAUUGAUUAAUAUUCUACAUGUAAAUUGUAUGCUACUGUAAUUUUCAUCUGUCUGAGCUUGUGCUUAGCCUUUGCUGAGAAAACUGCAACAUUGUGUUCCUCUGUUUCUUGAUCACUUACCUGGUUUUCUUCCUUGUAUUAAUUGAAUCACUAGAUCAAACCCUUUCUCUUCCAUUUAUCUACUUCAUUCAUUUACCUCCUUUCCAUUUACUCUAGUGGACAGCCUGUUUACACUUGAGCUAUUAAUUUGAAAGUAGAGAACUUUCCUUGCCAUGUUUCCCUUUUAGAAAAUUGUAUAUACAUUAGUUGGAAAUACUAAUUAAAUUGGUAACUGAGUUAUGCAUUCUUCAACUUUCCAAGGAAGUUAUAACAAUUAUGAGAGACAUCAUAGAAAGCUUUCAGUAAAUGAUUAUGAGUUUCUAAAAUAGUGAUGCUACAUAUUAGUAUUAGCUCAAACCCGAUUAAGAAAAUUUAUUAAAUGGUAUAUGGUUCCUUACUUAAGUCACUGUAGUUUAAAUCAGGGGUGCUGAAGCAUCACUUACUAUUGAAAUUUGAAAUGUCUUUUGUCUUUUAGCUUCACCAACAACAGGGGUUAUACAGUUUCCUGCAAAAGAUGACUUCUUUGAAGUAUUUGUAUCAGCUUUUGAAAAUCCAGGACAUUUUUGGGUACAGCUACUCACUAAGGACUCGCCUGAUCUGGAUCAGCUCACAAAAAACUUGACACUAUUAUACGCCUCCUCUGAAUCACAAGCCAUUCUAAAUUCCUUUAAGGUUGGAGACAUUUGCUGUGCACCGUUUGAGUAUGAUUCCUCUUGGUACAGGGCCCGUAUUACAGAAAUCAACAAAGAAGGUGCAGUGGAUUUGUAUUAUGUGGAUUAUGGAGACUCAGGAAGGGUUGCCAAAGACAAAUUAAGGGAACUACAGUAAGUGAAGUCUUGAGUAUGUAAUGCACUGUUCAGCAAGUGCUGUAAAACCAAAUUAACAUAACAGUAAUGAAUUAUCUAAACAAUGUCCACUCCAAGAUGUGAGUGAGUAUGUUAAGUAUAAAUGUUAAAUGUUAACGGUUCGUGUUUGUUGUAGUUUUGUGCAUGAAUGGUCCAAAAGGUGACAGGAAUUUGUCUCUUAGGGUAUUAGAAAACAAAACCAGUUCAAUUCUAUAUUUCUUUUUGAUGCUUAAAGACAAUUAGUUGGUAAUGAUCUCAUUGUUGAAAUACCAACAAGAGCUUUACAUCUAUGUGAGACUCUGAAAUAAUGGAACAGUUAUGCAGUUGAAAUUCUGGAGAGUUAUCAAGUAUCAUCAUUUAAUUAUAGUCCAAUAACUUGUCUUGAUUUGCAGCAACAUUGUAUCUGAUUGAAUUGAGCUGUAAAUUAAUGUUUUUUGGUCAAUUAAUUUUAAUACUGUUUUGUAUGCUGUAGCAUGAACCCAGUGUUGCUAUCCCUUAGUAUCACUGACUUUACUUAGUGAGGUUUUCUUUCCUUUUAUAGACCAGAACACAAGCGGCUACCAUUCCAAGCUAUUGAAUGUUGGCUGGCAGGUGUAACACCUAAAGGUAUAAUAUACACUACAUAGGUUUCCAGGUGCUUAGACAUACCAAAAAUGACAAAACCAAAAAAGGCAGUCAAAUUCAUGGAUAUAUAUUUAUCAUUCUCACUUAGUAUUAAAAUUACUGUUUAAAUGAAGUAUCAGAAGUUAUUGUGAGAUUAAAAUUAUCUGUGUAGACUGAAAUUGGGAGCUUUUUUUCACCUUAUUUCAGAUAUUUUGGUUCAUGAAUGAAAAGUGUGUGUGUAAUAGGAUCGUGAUUUUUACAUUUGACUAGGUUCACUGUUAAUGUAGUAGAUGAUCAAACUAAUGCUUCUUGUGCAAAUUUUCAACAAGUGUUGCCUUCUGUUCUCGCCCAACAAAGAGGAAUAAUCUUUUUUGGGUCACAAAAUUGUUGACGAAGGUGCAUUUGUGUAUAACCAUUAUACAAUAAAUAUUUUGCUUGUCUGGUUACAGGUUUGCCUUCUAAUUACUAUCAUAGUUCCCUACAAUAAUUCUUAUAGCCUUUGCUAGACUCUCAGUAUGUAGAAAUGAGCAGUAAAUCAGGGCUGUGAAAAACAGAGGGCAUCAUGAAUAAAAAAAAGAAAAUGAGAAACUGUUUUCCUUAACAACAGCAACUGUUGUUUGUCUCUUGUGUGCUCUUUUUGGUUUUCUCAACUGACUGACUAUUAACUCACUACAAUAUUUAAUAUAUAUAAUUUUUAUCUUUUAUAGAAAGAAAGGACUCAUUUUAUGGUCAUAAGUGUACAAAAUUUAUAUUAUGCUUAUGGCUUCAAAAUCACUCUUUAUAUUGUUUAGAUGGUGAGUGGAGUCAAGAAUCAAUUGAUGACUUUGACCACCUCAGCCACUGUGCACAGUGGGUUUCUCUGAUGGCAAGAGUGGUGAAAUACAGAGGGGAGAUACCUUGCCUUGAGUUGAUUGACACCACAGGACCAACUGUAAGUAAUGAUUGUGUUUAUCUUGGCUAGCAAUGGGGAGGGAGAGAGAGCCUGUUGGGGUAACAGGCUUCCAAUCACUUACUGAUUUUUAAGGUUUAUGCGUGUAGAGAGAGGAGAGGGUGAAUAAAGACAUUCCAUCAGAUCUCCCUCUUCUCUUUUGCCUAUCACUCACCCCCCUUAGUAUAAUUUUUUUCUCUCCUCAGCAUUCCUCUGUUUUAAAAAUCCCAGUUAGCAGCCAAACGUAUCACGAGAAAAUAUGCUCUUGCUUGCCAAAAAUUAGAUAGUUAGUGAGAGCACUUAAUUACAGCUGAAGGUGUCAAGAUUCAUUCUGGUGGAAGAAUAGCUCGAACAACAAAUAAUAAAUGAAGACAAAAAAAAAUAUUCACAUAAUUAUCUAGAAAUUAAAAAAGAAAAAAUACAAUCCUAGCCCUAACCAUUUUCAACUGAAAUUCAAAGAUCUUUGCAUGAUAUUCCACCGCAGGAUGUGAACAUCAACGAGGAAAUGAUUAAGAGGCAGUUUGCAGUUCGCGAGGUUGAGGUGUCAUCAACUGCCAAUGAACAUGAAACGGGUAAAAGUCACACGCUUUUUCUGUCGUCAUUUAUUCAAAAAGAUUCUGAAUAAUUAACUGUUCCCUUGGUGUUUUUCUGAAGGGCUUCACGAUUGAAAUUUGAAUUUAAGGAAUCUAGAGAUAUUACUUUGAACAAAUAGAAUCGAGUGUAUCACAGGGAACCAAUUGGAACUGAAAACGAAGGCAAACGAAGCACGGAAAAAUGUCUGUCUAAUUCGCGAAAAGAUAUCGGUUUUGCAGGGAGACGCAGAUUUUCUCCACAAAUAAAAAGGCGACCUUGAAGUGAGGCAAAACAAAUACGAACACUAGAGUUAUCUCUAUGGCGAUUUCGUUGGAUACUGACAAUUUUCGCUUCGUUAUUUUUUAGGACCUCCACCAGAUGAAAAGACCGGUAAAAGUGGAUUGCAGGAGACGCCGGUUGAGAUCACUUCAGCGUCACAUAAUGGAGUCCUUAGAGAGGGAGCACCUCAGGAGGUUAUGCAAAGCAAUACUGAACUACAAGAAAGUUUUCCAUUGGCUAAGACUAAUGGAGAUAUUAAAGAAGAGGCACUCCAAGAUCUCAUCGAAACCGUACCAUUACACAGCAGCACUGGUUUACAGUCUAAACCUGCUGGAAGCGACUUGCUGGAUGGCGCUCUUCUUGUAGAUGCUCCUGACGGUGGCGCGGAGCUGCAUGGACCGGUGACUGCUGAAAGGGAUUCGCCAGUGAAAGCUGCAUUAGUAAAGACCAUUUCUAAAGAUUACGUCCCACCGCCCGCUUAUUCAGCGCCAGGUAUGCCUAAUGAAGGGCAAGCAGCUCUGGGUGUCGUUAAGGAGCAAGAGGUCAGAGCUGUUUUGACGGAUAGCGUGCAGUCACAGCCUGAAAUUUCUGAGACUACCGGUCACGUAGAAUCUGUCAUCAGCCAAGAAAAGGCAGGGGGAUACCGAAGCAGUUUGAAUAUCGCACCUUCAUCGCGAAGGACAAUAGCAGCGACUUUCACUGGCAGCCGCCAUGUGUCGGAAAAAAAUGAGACUUCCGUGAAGACCGUAACAAGUACUGUUCACCGACAGGUGAUUUCUUCUAAACAGUCCUAUGUAAGUACCGUGACACUGCCUGAACGUGACACUGAUAACGUCAUUGUCUCCGUGACGCCAAGUGUCACGCAACUUCAAAGUCUAUCACCGUCAGCCGACUCGGAAAGUCAUGUGUUUAAAGCUUCUAACGAAAGUACAACAGUGACUCGCCACGUAGUUGCGUCCGAGGUACACCGAACUGUCACGCAAAGUAACGGACACGAAAAUGCGAUGGAGGUUUCCGCCUCGCGCCUUGAACAGAAAUCGUCUGCGCAUUCUUCAUCAUCACAAGCAAAGCCGAAAGUAACCUAUGAAAUUAAUUUUGAAUCAUUCAAAGGGAUGCCUGGUAAUAAACAAUAUUCAAUCAAGAAGUCAUUCAGUUCUGCUGAAAAUGAGCCUAAUAAAGUUACUGGUGAUAUGUCUCCUUCGGGUUCGCUCAUGGAAAUCUCCAAAAACACCGUCAUAAAUGAAGAAGACGAGUAUGAUGAACAAGCAGACCAAGACGGCAGUCCGGAGCCAGACAGUGAUACAGAGUCCUUUAUGAGUGCAAGGGAGGACAUCACCUCCGAUACUGAUACUGCAGCUUACAUGACCGCCGUACCAGGAGGUAGCUCUACGUCGCUGGAUACAGACUAUGCUCUUGUCGACAGCGCUGCGGAUGAAACGAUCACUCCGGUGAACUCUGACACCGAAGUGGAGGAAGAAGUGUCAGGAGGUCGAGGACUUGCUACACCAGAACCAACUACGUACACGGAAGAAGAUCGUGGUCGGUCAAACACUCUGAAGGGUUUGAAGGAACAGAUGGCAGUUCUUGGCAGUGGUGUAACUUCAGAGGCUGAUCUUGGCUACAGGGGUGAUACAGAGGAAGGUGUGGAGUCAGCUGAAGACCUCUGAAAGACGGCCGCUUGACUUCAUUGAUUUCCUCCUAUUUAUGCCAAAUACUGCUCAAGGGGAUGGAAGGAAAAGGUAUCCAGCCGUGUGAUUGUGCUAACGGUGUUGAUCGGUGUGUUAGUCUUACUGCUUUGAUUUUUCUGUAGAGAGCUUAAAGAGCUGACUUCAAUUACUGAACUUUUAUGAACAAACCAAAUGUCAAACAUUGUUGAUGUAUUUAAUUCUUAUGAUAGUGUUAGGAAUUGAAUGCAAAAGCGAAUUUUAUGCGUAGGCAUGAUAUAGCAAAUUUGUAAAAGUUCAAGACAGCCUUUGGUUUUGUAGUUUGACUUUGCUGUACAAUUUUGCGUCGAAAUAAAACGUACGGGAGGU